AUGUCCGACGUCCUGCUGGCGAAGAAAUGGGAGAAUGAAGAUCCCACAGGAUGGUGGAUGUCAGAGAAGCUGGAUGGCGUGAGGGCAGUUUGGCGGAACGGAGAGUUUGGUUCUCGGGGGGACAACACCUUCGCCUGCCCGGAGUGGUUCAAGAAGAAGAUGCCAAAAGGCUGCGUACUCGAUGGGGAGAUCUGGGGAGGUCGUGGUCAGUUCCAAAAGACAUCGGGUAUUGUUCGGAGUGCUGGGCGCCACAACGAAUGGGAGUUCUUGACAUACAUGGUCUUCGACUGUUUGGAGGAAGGGGGAGCCAGCAUUGAACAUAACCCUUUCGAGGCUCGUAUGGAUGCUGUGCGCCGCAUCUGCGCAUCUUCGACCUUGAAAGAUCCUGCUUUGAAGCCAGUUCCGAUGGAGAAGUGUGCAAACCGAGCACACCUCGACUCAUCUCUGGCAGAGAUCGAGAAGCGUGGUGGAGAAGGUCUCAUGCUACGCAGCCCCGGAUCCAAGUAUGAGCACCGCCGAUCGAAGUCGUUGCUGAAGGUGAAGACCUUCUACGAUGAAGAGUGCAUCGUUGUAGGACAUGCAGGUGGUACGGGCAGGGUGGCGGGGAUGUGCGGCGCUUUACUCUGUGAAACACCUGACAAGCGGCGUUUCAAGGUCGGUUCCGGUCUCAGUGAUGCACAGAGGCGGGACCCUCCGCCAUUGAAUUCUGUCAUCACCUAUCGCUACCAAGAGCUCACGCAAGACAACAUCCCAAGAUUCCCAACGCUAGUGGGCGAGCGGAGCGACAUGACGUGGGCACAGAUAUGUUCUACCUACGUGGCUCCUGGCCCUCGAAAAGCUGGAGCGAUGAAAAGGACACAUACCAUCCUCUUUGAUGCGGUGGAGCCAUUGGCGCAGGAGGCUUCGGGGGCUUCGGGGGCUUCGGGGGCUUCUGGCUCUGCGUCUGGCUCCCGUCCAGCUUUGAAGCGGGGGCUUACGGCAAUGGAUGCGAUGCAGCGGGGAACAGCGGAGGAGGAUUUGGAUGACUUCGGCUUCGACGACAUGCUGCCCCCUGUGCCCCCCGAAAAGAAGGCGCGCCUGACACCAGCAGAAGUCCCUGCGCUGGAAGAGCGACCGGUCUGCCCAUACGGCCGCCGUUGUUAUCGGAAGAACCCUGCCCAUUUCUUAGAGUUUGACCACCCGUGGUUGGAUGUGGAGAACGAAGCUAAGGACAUCGACGCUGUUGCCCUGCCCAGCUUGGCCGGAACGCAGGAAACAGGUCCCGUCCUAUCGAAGGGAGCCGUUCCAGCACCAGAGCCCAAGUCAUCCGUUGACGCGCAACCUGACGCUCUGCACGAGCGCACCUGGACCAAAGACCCGGAUAUGCGGAUGGUGGCAGUCCGGAACCUCUUAUCGAGCAUGCUUGAAGAUGCUGAGAUGCCGGAGGCACGUAAGCACCUGCAGCAGAUGUUAGACUUCGCGGACUCCGUGCCUUCCGUGCCACAGGGAUCGCCGGCAUCCGUGGCACCGGCUGCACCAGCACCGGCAGUGACAGGAAGCGGAGACCGGGAGCGGCCACGGAGUCUCGCCUCCGCACUGCUGUCCACCACCACCUCGGAAGCGCUGUUUGAGGUGCCCCUCCUUGAGGCGCUCGGCAGUGCGAGCCCCGUGCCAGCGCCGGCGGCGCCGGCAGCCGGUUCCGCCAGCUCGGCAGGCGUGUCAGAGCGAAAGGAGGAUCCACAGUCAAAGCUGGCAUCCGAACUGACAACCAUGGGCUUCCCCGAGGAAGGAAUCCGUGAGGACAUCGUGAAAGUCGCCGGCAGAGCAAUGCGGCAGAACUUUGUGCAGCUUGGCCCUCAUGUGCUGCCCCUGCGAGAGCAGGCGAAGGUUUUGUGCAACCAAUUCGUCAUGAGGCUCGUCUCUCAGGCGAAGAAGAGGAGCUGGCCCUUUGCCGACCGGCUUAGUGUUCCGCAAGGCUACACUCCUAACUUCAGCAAAGGCAUCUUGGCUAAUCCACUUGAGGCUGCGAUCGUUCUGGUUUUCGGGCACUGUUUGAUCUGCUGUGGGCGUUGUGUGUUUGCUUUACGUGCUCAUGCCAUUGUUUCUUCAUGCCGUUUUUUGGCUCAAGACUGCGGAAACUGCAACCCAUCCGCAAGAGGAGCGCAUAGGACGCUGUUUUCCGUGGGACUUCUGGCUGCAUCGGGUGCAGGUUCUUCGUGUCAGCCUGUGUUCAGUUGA